CAGCACAAAGCCUCCUGUAUUCCUCUGUACAUCACUGAUCCUCCACCUGAAGAUAAACCUGAGUCGUCCAUCAUGGCCUCCAGCAUGUCAGUGAGGAGUUUCUCCAUGAGCCGUCAACCUUCCUUCUCCAGUCGUUCUCUCAUGGACACCGGCCGUGCUCGCUCCAGAGCCUCUGUGUCUUUCGCCGCAGCCAGCCCGCUGAGUCGCUCAGCCUCCAUCAGCCAGGACCUCAACGGACCGACCAGCCUGCAGCUCAACGGUCUCCACGGCAACAGCGCUAAUGAGAAGGAAGCCAUGCAGAGCCUCAACAGCCGCCUGGCGAACUACCUGGACAAGGUGCGUUCACUGGAGCGCUCCAAUGCAGACCUGGAGAUGAAGAUCAAGCAGCUGAUGAUCGACCGCAUUCCUAAAGGUCACGACCUUGACUCCAUGAUGGCCCAAGCUCAUGCUGUUGAGCAAGAGGUGAGGAAGAAGACCUUGGAAAGUGCUCGUCUCAUGUUGGAGAUCGAUAACGCUAAACUGGCCGCUGAUGACUUCAGAAUCAAGUGGGAGACUGAGAUGGUGAUGUGUCAGUCUGUGGAGAGAGACUGUGUCGCUCUAAAGAAGGCAAAGACCGACCACGAGCAGAUCAUCGCCUCUCUGAGAGGAGACCUGGACAGCUUGAAAGAAGAACUUUACUUCCUCAAGAAAAACCACGAGGAGGAAUUGGAGCAGAUGAGGUCCCGUAUUGCUCGGGAUGAGGUGAAUGUGGAGGUGGACUCUGCCAGCGGACCUGAACUGGGAACCAUCCUGUCUGAUCUGCGCUCCCAGUAUGAGGGGAUUGUCAAGAAGAACAAGGAUCAAGCAGAGCAGUGGUACCUCAAGAAGCUGGAGACGGUGCAGAACGAGGUGAAGGAGAACAACGAGGCUCUGAGAGGAGCUCAAAGCGAUCUGGUAGAGAGGCAGCGCUUCCUGCAGAACCUGGAGGUGGAGCUGGAGAGUCUGCACAAACAGAUAGCAGCGCUGGAAGGGAACCUGGGUGAAGCGGGUCAGAAAUACUCCGGUGAGAUGGAUCGGCUGCAGACCACCUUGAGCCAGAUGGAGGAUGACCUCUCCCAGCUCAGGCUGGACAUGCAACGCACCAAGACCGACUAUGAGCAACUCCUCCGCAUCAAGCAGAACCUGGAGAUGGAGAUCGCCACCUACAGGCGUCUGCUGGAGGGAGAGGAAACAGUCAAGGAAGUUGCUCCCCCACCAAAAAAGGAGCCAGAUGUUCGCACCAGGAAGAUUGUGAAGGUAGUGACUCAGACAAUGGUCAACGGCAAAGUGGUGGAUGAAUCCAGCGAGGUGGAGCAGAUCGAGGAGACCAAGAAGUAAAUACACAAAGGAGGAAGUGAAUGCUGAAAAAAAAAAACAGAAAGUAGCUUCAGAUGAUACAUGGAUCAGCAGGUUGGGGGGGGUUGAAAAAAGACUAGUGUCAGAAUAUUACACAUAACUGUGGAGGCUUAUUUGGAGCAUCAUUUAUUCUUGUAUUGUUAUUUUGAACAGGGGAUUAAUGGGGGGCAUUGUUUGGCUAUGAGUUCUUUCUGUUCUGUUUUUAGAAAAAAUGUUUUCCCGCAGUUGACUUACAAGUUACAAUUUGAUAUAUUAGAGAAAUGUUACAUCCAGACUUUCUGCCCACCACUACUGUACUAUAGCUUAGCAUGCUUACAAUAGAGUUGUGUGUGUUUGUGUAUGUGUGGGUUUGUGUAUAAGCAACUAACUAGCCAUCUUCCAACUACUUAACUAAAAAAAUACUGUCGUUAAAGGAUAUUUAUUUCUUACUGUAAGUUUACAUUCAUUUACUUUAGUGAUACAUCCUUUAUGUCAUUUUACAAGAAUAUAAUUGUAUUUGCUGUUUUUGUGUUUUUAAU